AUGAAAGAUGAAUUUUAUGAGCAGUUACAAAUGGUUGUCUCAAAAGUUCCUCAGCAUGACAUGCUGCUAAUAAUGGGAGACCUUAAUGCAAAAGUGGGCAAUGACAACACUGACUGUGAGAAAUCUAUGGGAAAACAUGGAUGUGGAAUUAAGAAUGACAAUGGAGAGCGCUUCAUUGACUUCUGUCUCAAUAACAACCAAACGAUAGGAGGCACAAUAUUUCCUCACAAGGAUAUACAGAAGCUCACAUGGAAAUCUCCAGAUGGUAGAACAACAAACCAGAUUGACCACAUAACUGUAAACAGCAAAUGGCGCAAAUCCCUACAAGAUGUUAGAGUAUGCCGUGGAGCAGAUGUCAACAGUGACCACUAUCUGCUGAAAGCUAUUAUAAAACUAAAACUUCGCAGAAAUCCCAAAAAGCAGGAGACAAAAAGGAGGAUUGAUGUAGAAAAGUUAAAGAUACCAGACACACGAAAAGCUUUCAAUCUGAAAUUGAAGAACAGAUUCAAGGUCUUGGAAGAAAAUAUUGAUGUUGUUGAAGAUAUCCAAGAAAGGUGGAACACGAACAAGAAAGUGUAUAUUGAAGCCGUUGAAAAAACAGUAGGCUACCAAACCAAGAAUAACAAAUAA